AUGCAAGUUAGAGAAUUAUCAUGUGCAAGUUUAGGCAUGUGGAUAGCUAAGAACAAAUUUACCGAAGCUGCUAAAUCAAUUUUCGCAUUAUGUGACGGAAUAACGGUAACGAAUAAAAUGGAUGGAUCUCCAGCGAUGUCGAUCUCGCUUUCCCAUGGCACAUACUCGGUUGAGCCAUUUCCACCAAAGGGUGAAGUGGAUUUCCACGUAGAAGACACCUUCAGCACACGGACGCUCAGUCGACUCAUUGUCUGCUUUAUCGGACUGGGAAAAAGGGACCUAGCUAACGUGAGUCAAAGCGCCUCUGAAGGCAGUCUUACUCAAACGAAAUCUAUCGAAUCACGAGGAUGA